GGUAACCACUUCUGCACAGAGGCGAGUGAGUGAGUGAGUGAGUGGUGAGUGGAUAGGGUUUCAGCUGUUCAGCGAGUGCUCUCCGGUGAUCUCGCAGAGAUAGUAGUCUAGAGCCUGUCGUCUAGGACACUGCAGGACCGCUUUGAAGAGCUCAUCAAAUGGCAAAGCUGAACCACACGGCAACUGAAUAGAGCUCCCUUUCAAAUAGGAAAUGACUUGUUGAUUUAUCCAAAUCUACAGAAUGCCUCACAUGACUUUGAUAUAGACACUCACCUGAAGAUAGUAAGGUGGUUGGAGAAGAAGACAGUUAGUUGCACCCCCCCCCCCCCUGUCAAAAGUUAGGUCGUAAGGAUUUCUAUACCUUACGAUUCGCUUUUCAUCUUUCUCCCGAUGAAUAUUUACAUUUCGUAGUGGAUAAAAAUCGAAUAGACACUUACAACAAAAAUGGAAGAAGAUCAAAAGUGGGGACUUGUUGAUAAAAGUGUGCGGAUGACUUGCAGUGACCACCGUUGCAAAAAGCGCUUUUGGACGAAUUGGAAAGAUUUGUCCGGUAUAACUGUCUGCAUCGCAUUAUCUUUAUUGUCCCUUGGAUUUUGCGUUCUCGUUUACCUGAGUACAUCGGAGCUGAAGUCCAGGAUACUAAACCUGGAAAAACAGAGAGAUACGCAGCUCUCCUCGUGGAUCACACUCGAGCAGGUGGAACCCGUUGUCUUUGGACGAAUAGAUCAGAUUCUGGAAGAGAAAUUGGCGGCUCGACUUCCCAAAACACGAGAGACCAGAGAAGCGCCCCAUAGCUGUGUCUGUCCACCAGGGCCUCCUGGGUCGAGGGGAAAGAGAGGUCACAAUGGGGAUCCAGGACCUCCUGGUCCGCCCGGACGAUCAGGCUUUCCGGGUGACAAAGGAACAAUGGGAAUUCCUGGAAGAAUGGGGAUAAAAGGAUACGCAGGGGAGAAGGGAGCGCCAGGGGAGCCAGGCCUGUCUAUCAUUGGGCCACGAGGACCUCCUGGACAGCCAGGAACAAGAGGCUUCCCAGGCUUUCCGGGUCCGAUUGGGUUGGACGGAAAGCCCGGACAGAACGGCUUGAAAGGAGACUUGGGUCAACGUGGUCUUAAAGGAGUCGCAGGUGAACCUGGGCUGAAAGGGGAAAAGGGCAUAUGUGGAGACUACACUCACAGGCAGAUCUUGCCCAUCCCCAUGCGAAACAUGCCCCCAAUAAACCCUGUAAUCCUAAGGCGCCUCAAGCAGGGCGAGCCUGGAGCUCAGGGCCCACCAGGACCUCCUGGCCCCCCAGGGCCCUCAGGGACCUCUGGACUGAAUGGUGCUAGUGGACCGCCGGGUAAACCUGGUGAACCAGGAAAACCUGGGAAAGAUCUACGGCUCCUACCAGGGAUGAAGGGUGAGCCAGGCAUGGCAGGAAUAAAGGGCGAUGUUGGCCCCGCUGGUCCUGAAGGCCCCAAGGGACUGAAGGGAGAGCUUGGACUGAAGGGGGACUUUGGUAUGCCAGGAAUGCCAGGGAAACAAGGAUUGAAGGGAGAGCCAGGUUUUCCAGGCAGUCCUGGAAGAAAGGGUCAAGCUGGUAUCCCUGGUGUACCUGGUUUUCCUGGAAAGAGGGGCUACAGGGGUGACAAGGGUGAACCCAGCGCAGCAGGAACUGGCAUCAAAGGAGAACCAGGGACACCAGGACUCCCAGGCCUAUCAGGAUCCAAGGGUGACAAAGGCGACCAAGGUCUCAAGGGGGAAGCAGGAUCUGAUGGUCCAGCUGGACCAAGAGGUCCUCCGGGUGCGGCAGGAGAGCCAGGGAAAUCAGAAAUCAUCAACAACGAAAAUGAUAUUCGGAAUGUACCUUUGAUGGGCCCACCUGGCCCUCCAGGGGUCCCCGGAACACCAGGAACAAAGGGUGAAGUUGGCCUUCCAGGCCCAUCAGGUCUUGACGGAGAGAAGGGUCCUCGGGGGAAGCCUGGAGAGCCAGGUCCUGUUGGCCCAGCGGGCCCUGAAGGUCCCAGAGGGGAGAGGGGCCUGAUGGGUUUCUCAGGACCCAAAGGAGACAAGGGGGACAUGGGUCCCUUUGGAUCACCUGGUUUAGACGGCCCAACUGGUGAAAAGGGGGUUUCUGGACCCCCUGGCCCCAUUGGAUUACCAGGCACAAUGGGUCAGAAGGGCGAGUCCGGAGAUAAGGGAGGAAGGUCAGACAUGGUCUUUGGACCCCCAGGGCCUCCAGGUCCCCAAGGACCAGUUGGCCCCGCGGGACCUGAAGGACUGGGAGGACCAAAGGGGGAGCAAGGCAUAGGCAUACGGGGAGAGAAGGGAGCAUCUGGUUCGAAGGGCGAUAAAGGGGACAGGGGCCAUCUUGGACUUCCUGGAGCUCAUGGUUUAGACGGCAGGCCUGGUCGAGUGGGUUUAAUAGGACCAGUUGGUGUGGCAGGGCCUGCUGGACCAAAGGGGGAGAGAGGUUUCGUGGGAGAUUCAGGAGUCCCAGGACCAAUUGGUCCUCAAGGCAUCCCUGGUUUUGUAGGACCACAAGGAUUCAAAGGGAACCGGGGAGAGAGGGGCAAGAAAGGCAACAGGGGAACUAAAGGGGAUAAGGGAGACCAAGGAGCACCCGGAUUAGAUGCCCCCUGUCCGUUGGGGGAUGACGGCCUACCAGUAUCAGGGUGUUGGAAUAAAUGACGAUAACUUCGAGGUGGCACGUGUGAUUGUACAUAGAAUAUUUAUUUUUGUACUUUGUAUGUGCUUUCUUAUACUGAUGGAAGAAAAAGAAAAUCAUAACAAUAUGCCAGGAGUUUUGUACAGAUUGUUUAUUUUUAUUACUUGUAAUAACGUUUAUGUAUUGGAUUUUAUUUUAUAGCUAUGCAUUAUGUCAACAUGUUUGAAUAAGGAAGAAUUGCAAUGUGGCUACAUACAGCAUGAUAUUUGUGCAUAAUGUGAAUGGAUAUUGCUAAUUAACUUAUUGUAUCAUGUGAUUUUGUUUUGUUGUGACCACGCUGCACUGAAUUGUGGGGCUGGAAAGAUGAAGUGUUGGCUUCUUGAAACAUCUUAGUUGAACCCUCUUUGUAGAGAUCAUAACUAUGAAAAUGAAAGGCACCGCAAAUAAUUCCUGUCUAAAUAUGUACACAACUCAAGUCACGGUGACAGACAGCACUGUAUUUAGUCUGCACUGUACAGUAUAGCCAUUUAAAUCACUAGCACACAGAUGGAUCUCAUCCGAUUUAAACCAUUUAGGAUUUCUGAUAUCAUAAACGCAUAAAGUAUCCUGAAUACCCAGCAUGCCACACAAGCACAUUUUGUCGCUUUCUCUGAAAGGGGAUCUCAUGAAGGUGGUUUCAACUAAGAUUGCCAGACCAUUUCAAGCUUUAAUUGUUUCCACUAUGGCAAAACUGACAUCUUUAAAUAGAAAACAAAUACUUAGCAUUUGCUGCUUUUUCACUGGCUGAUUAGUUAUACAGCCAGAGUGACCAACCAUUCUAAGCUAUAGCUUCACAUAUAACCUGACCUCAAUUUGUCCAAGUUAUCUGUAAAUAUUUUUUGGGGACCAAAUCUAAGGGGCCACCCCCUGCUUUUUCACUAUCAGGCUCUCUUUAACCAUAGGUGUUUGCCUUUUUGUUAGAACGUUAUCAAAUUGAGACCAACCCAUGUUACAGGCUUUCUCUUGGAUGACUGAAAUAUUGCUGCUCACCUUUAAGGCAUGCUGCUGCAACCAGCCACAUAGCCUCUACGGCCAGUGUACCUCAUCCAUUUAUUUCUAUGAAGAAAGCCAUUAAUGGACAAUAAAUAGAUAUUUUUUGUUAAGAAGAAACAGACUUGUUAUUUACAGAGGUUUCAUAGGAUGUAGUAGUCUAUGUCGCCUUCGCUAACUGUGUUUAUGAAUCAGUAUUGAAGAAAUGGAUGAAGGGGACUGGAGUAGAGUUGCUGCUCAUUGUAAAAAAAGCUCUGUGUUCUGCUCUGCCUGGAAAUGUAUAGCUAGAUUAAGAGAUUGUCAGAUUACCACCCUCAAUAAAGUCUUCAUCAGGUUCUUAUACCUCAUACUA